CUCGUAAUUGGCCCGCCUCGAUUUUCCACCUACUCUGCUCUCUUAUAUACCGGCUCGCAUGCGCCUGUAGCCAUGUUCCACGACGACUAGGGCAUCCCUGACCGCGACCGCUGAAACACACGCCAUGGUUAGCCUUGUAACGUGGGAGGCCAUGCCGGAGCCUCUGCCCUCACCCACUCUGACGAAUCCGGACAUGAUUCUGCCCGACCUCAGCGACUCGCAGGACUCGACCCCUUCCCCGCGCCCCCGAGUGCAACGUCCGCCUUCGCCCUCGCUCCUGCGCCAGAGUCUCCGAUUCUCCUCUCGCCCGACAAGUCAGAGAACUACGCCAACGCGAGCCUCGACGCGCGCAUCCCAGAGGGAUUCGUCUACCUUUGACCCGGACGCCACCCCAAAGAGCUUGUUCCACCGGGAAGAUGCUUUAGCCUCCUCGCCUACUCUCAGUGGAACACCGCGCGCGAAUCUCAUGGGCAAUUGGCAAGAGGCCAUGGAGAGAAAAUCGAGCAACAACUCUCUGCGCACCAUGGACUCUGACCAGUCGCGGUGGACCGGAUUCGAUGGCUCGUUCGGAGACGAGAGUGGUGCUGAGGAUGUCGAUGGACGUUACGACACCUUGCCGUACGUGGCAGGCAGCGAUGAAGAGACGGACAAUGAGCAAUGGGAUGGCCCGGACGAAGAUGAGUUUUCCUCGGCUGCAUUGAGCAAAAGAGCGGAAAUGAUUCUAGCUAAUGCCAAGAAGAGGCUCAACCUCAUGGAGGGUAACCUUAGAGGCGCGCGACAAUCACUAUUGCCUACACCUAACAGCCCUAAUCCCAUGUCCAUGAGGACAGACGUAUCUACGCGACUAGAAGCAGCAAGACAAGAGGAUCGCAAGAAGUAUCCCAAUCUUUCUGCAAGGUACUCUUACCACCCAUCUCCAUUGUCAAACGGAAAUCGCGGACAUACUCGCGGCCAUAGCGAGACCUUUGUACCGUCUCCUCAAACUCCUGGCUUUUCUCAACAGGCGACAACAAACGAAAAACGUUCCACGAGCGCGUUGGGCAGCUUCAGAGGGCCAUUUACUGCCUCGCCCCUCGAACACGCCAUCAAUCGCAAUACGUCGCUAAGGGGAACGCGAAGCCAAGAAGGCAUGCGGCACAGCUGGCUUCCUGCUGAUCACAAUAAUUCCCGGUCCGUCUCGAGGGGCUCAACCGCGCAACUUUCGCCCAGGGCACUGGAAACUCUCCGCGAAGAUGAGGAUCCUAAAGAAGUUCCAAAAGAAGUUCAUAAAGAAGUUUCUACGAAUGACUUGCGGCGCUCUGCUUCAACUACCGGGGAGCUUCGUGCACAGAUGCAGGAUCUACGAGGAAGAAUUUCAAGCCUUAGAGAUCGUGCUCGGGAGGAUGGUAUGAAAAGACGCAGCCUCCAAAACCUGAGAGCCCCUAGCCCUUUCACGACGACAUCCGGCUGGCAAGGUGACGCCGAAGCGUCGAGACCUUCUACUCAUAGCGGGGCUGAAACCGCUCCUGGCCGCUCCCGUCAAAGAAAUAAUAGGACUACUAGUACUUCGCCCCACAAUCGGCAUGCCGCAAACACCCCGGGAUCAGAGGACCAGGAGAGCCACUAUGAAGAUGCAGAGGAAGGUGAAGUUGAUGAAAUUUUGAACGAGACCGAAAGCUCUGAUGAGCCGGAGGCCGCGGUGUCGGACGAUGCUGUUGUUGAGGGUUACCGGCAGGAAGUAGACGCCGACAGUCUUUACGACAAGGACAUCCUGUUCCAUGAUGCUGAAGUCACGGCAGGAGCGCACGAAGACCGAGUAGACGCUUUCGAUUACGAGCACUUCUUCCUUCACAGCGCGAUGGGUUCGUACAGCCGAGAAAAUCGCAGCCCGAGCGUAAGUUCGGAAGGCUCGGUGGAGACAACGAGGCCAUCAUCACCUGUCCAGCCUGUGGCUCAAGCUUCUCCACAAGCAAACCCCGAAGCCGCUCUAUCUCCUCAUCGCCGUACCCGAAGCCAAGAAUCGAUUUCCACGGUAGCCACUUUUGCCACUGCCACUGAGGGAAAGGGAUCUAACGAAGAGGAGAGCAACGAAGCGCUCGACCAGUUCGCACAACAAGCUUUAAGAGACCACCUGCUCACGAGGCCCAGCAAAAUUAGCCUGCGCAGCACCUCAUCUGGACAAAGGUCGAUCAGAUCCCCCUACAGCCGCAACCCGUCGUCAGCUGGAGACUCGACCCCCGAAUACUUUGGAGACCCGGCUGCCCGAAUCAUGUCUUCCUUCUUCAGUCCCAAGCUGGAGCGAGGCCAACUCACACCGCUUAAGCAGAAAGACGAGGACUUGCUCUACUCUCUCACUACUAGCAUUCAACAAGUCUGCACCAGGCUCCAAAGCCUGAGUGAAGAUGAGUACGAAACUCGCAUCUGGCGGCAACGGCUGGACCAAGCCCGGAAAAUCCUCGACGGUGUGCCCAGCGAAAACUUCUGAGAAGACAAUCCGAACCUCACCUGAUGGCGACCAUGUGCCCGACGUCUCCCAUACUCCCCUCACGCUUCUGCGUCAGUCAAACGAUCGUUUUUGCUUUCACUUACACCAGACUCCCUCGUUAUCUGCUAUUUCGUAUCAGCUCCAACUUCGCGUCCCACAUUCGACCUCGAUCGAGCCCAUAGCGCCGAAAAAUACCUUCGUUGAUCCAGUUUGUUUUUCCUGAUUUUUGCUUUUUCUUUGCUCUCCCAACACAUAAAAAAUCGCGUGGUUCGACGGCGUCGGUGGCAAGCAUUUCACUUCUUCCGUGAUAUCCCCUUUAUACCCCAAAUAUGUAUGUAAACAGCACUCGAUCUAAGCGCUAGUCGUGACAGCAUCAGAGCGGGCCUUUUUUACUUUAAUUAGAUAAGAC